CUGUAGUCACUGCUGCCGUCGAUGCUGCGGCGCAAGGAGGGCGAUAAUGGCUGUCAGGGCUUUGAUACCUACUGCGCGGUCGGCCAAAGGACUAGUUGGAUUAUGGGGCGAGAAAGGAAUUCUCGCUGCUGGCAGGGCAGGGGCUUUAUGCAACGUCGAAAGCCAACGUCGACACGGACAUCAAUGGCUACCGGAUAUCAAGGAAUUCGAGGCGUUGCAGGCUGAGAAAAUAUAUUAUGGCGUCGAGGACGAAUGGAUACCACCGAUGAUGAGGGAUGACGUACAGAAACAACCAGGAAUAAAAAACAUCUCGUUUAAUUUCGGCCCGCAACACCCAGCGGCUCACGGUGUGCUGCGAUUGAUCCUCGAGAUAGAGGGUGAAAAAGUGGUACGUGCUGAUCCUCACAUAGGUCUGUUGCAUCGAGGUACGGAGAAACUGAUCGAAUAUAAAACGUACAUGCAAGCUUUGCCAUAUUUCGAUCGUUUGGACUAUGUCUCGAUGAUGUGCAACGAACAAUGUUUCUCCUUGGCCAUCGAAAAGUUACUGAAUAUAGAGGUGCCGUUAAGAGCAAAGUAUAUUAGAACAAUGUUUGGCGAAAUAACGAGAAUCUUGAAUCACAUUAUGGGAGUGGGAACCCACGCGCUCGACAUAGGAGCUCUGACACCGUUCUUCUGGUUGUUCGAGGAGCGAGAAAAAUUGAUGGAAUUUUAUGAACGCGUGAGCGGUGCUCGUAUGCACGCAGCGUACGUACGUCCAGGCGGUGUUUCCUUGGAUCUGCCGUUGGGCUUGAUGGACGACAUAUACCAAUGGUGUUCGCAAUACGGAGAACGAUUGGACGAAACGGAGGAUCUGCUGACGUCGAACAGAAUAUGGAUGGGACGUACGCGAGACAUAGGAGUAAUAUCAGCGGAGGACGCGUUAAACUGGGGAUUUAGCGGGGUGAUGCUGCGAGGAUCAGGAAUCAAAUGGGAUAUCAGAAAAGCGGCGCCCUACGACGCGUACGACCUCGUCGACUUCGACGUACCGAUCGGUAUCAACGGAGACUGCUACGACAGGUAUCUAUGCCGUAUAGCGGAGAUGCGUGAAUCUCUAAAAAUCAUUUAUCAAUGUCUGAAUCAAAUGCCCGAGGGCGAAGUGAGAAUAGAUGACGCUAAAAUCGUACCGCCUAGACGAGAAGAAAUGAAGACCAGUAUGGAGGCGUUGAUUCAUCACUUCAAGCUGUUCACUCAAGGCUUCCAGGUGCCGCCUGGUUGUACGUACACCGCGAUCGAGGCGCCGAAGGGUGAAUUUGGCGUUUACCUCGUGAGCGACGGUACCAGCAAACCUUACAGAUGCAAGAUCAAAGCACCUGGUUUCGCUCACCUGGCUGCUCUCCGUCACAUAGGUCCAUCCUGUAUGCUUGCCGAUGUCGUGGCCAUCAUCGGUACCCUGGAUGUGGUGUUCGGUGAAAUCGAUAGAUAAUUCUUAUGCGCGUUUUAGAGCAAGUUAAUCUAAUCGUCACCGUUCUAUAGUACCGGUAUAUAUCGUGUUUUCCAUGCUCAUACGAUUAUCUCGUAUGCGAGGAUGUACGCGUUAGAUGAAACAUACAAAUAAAAUGGAUUCUUCGCUAA